AUGCUCCGUAUCUUUCGCAAUGCCAUACUGGACAAACGCAUCACCCGCAAGACGUUCUCCUUCUCGGCUGUUGCGGCCAAGCGCUACGUCAUAAAAGAUCACUACGAGUUCGAUCAGAAGGUAAUAAACAGUGACAACCCGGUGAUCGUAAACUUUCAUGCUGAAUGGUGCGAUCCGUGUAAAAUACUUACGCCAAAAAUGACCGAACUGCUGGAACCAUCAGACGAGAUCGAUCUGGCAAUCGUGGAUGUGGACGAUAAUGCGGAACUGGUACAUACGUUCGAGGUGAAAGCGGUUCCAGCAAUUCUUGCCUUCCGAAACGGUGUGGUGGUAGACAAAUUUAUCGGUCUCGUAGAUGCGAAUAUGAUUGAGAAUUUGAUUGGUAAAUUGACCAAAAAAAAGGCCACCUAA